CUAUUGGUUCUGCGCUGCUCCCCGGCUGGACUUUGCCCCGACCGAGGCUGGCGGCAAUCGGGACCGAGAGAGAAAACAGCCCCGCGGAAAGAUGCAUGCCGGACGGCGCGUGGAGGACCUUCCGACUCCUGCGUUCACCGUGGACCUCGACGUGGUGAAGAAGAACGCGCGGGAGAUGACGGAGCGCUUUCGGGCCUUGGGGGUGAACCUGAGGCCUCACAUGAAAACCCACAAGACCCUGGAGGGUGGAGACCUCAUGACAGGGGGCACGCGGCGACAGAUCGUCGUCUCAACUCUGGCCGAGGCCCGCUUCUUCGCCGACGGCGGAUUUGACGACAUCCUCUACGCCUACCCGCUGCCCUUCGACAAAGUGGAUGAGUGCGCGGCCCUGACGGAGCGCCUGGAAAGCUUCCACGUGCUGGUGGACAGCCCCGAAGCCUUGGCCUUGCUGAAGAGGAGGCCGUUACACGGAGGGAAGCACUGGAAGGUGUGGCUGAAGGUUGACUGUGAGAACGGACGAGCCGGCUUAAGGCAUGCCGACCCAGCGGCCCUCGAACUGGCCCAGGCGAUUGCAGCGGGCCCUACGGAGUUAGCGGGGGUCUACGCCCAUUGUGGCAACUCUUACCACUGCCAAGGGGUGCCUGAAAUCCAGACGGUGGCUCGAACCACCACCAAGCAGGUCCUGGAGUUCACGGAGAAGCUGCGGGAAGAAGGGGUGCCCUGCCCCGUGGCCAGCAUCGGCUCCACUCCGUCCUGCAGCCACCCCGUGCCCGAGAUGGCUGAGCUUCAGGAAGUCCAUCCCGGGAAUUACAUCUUCUAUGAUGUUCAGCAGAUGAUGAUAGGGUCUUGCCAGCUGAAGGAUAUCGCAGUGAGGGUCCUGACCCGAGUGAUCGGCCACUACCCGCAUCGGAACCAGAUGCUCGUCGACUGCGGCUGGACCGGACUCAGCCUCCACAGCCUGGGCCAGCUACCCACAGGAUACGCCCUUGUGGAGGGCCACCCCGAACUCAAGUUAGUGGGCAUGACCCAGGAGCACGGACGGAUCGAGCCGGUCACGGGGACGCUGGAUUUCACACAGUUCCCCUUGGGGAGCCUCUUGGCUUUGGUCCCUUAUCACGCUUGCGCCACCGCAGCGAUGCACCCCACUUACUACGUCCACGUCAAGGGCCAGGUGUUGGCCACCUGGAAGCCAGCCCGAGGAUGGUAGAAAGGCUUGGAGGAGAACACUUUCGGCUUGGCCAGGAGAAGGGAUUUUCAGAAGAAAGGUCGA